AUGCUGUUGAAAUUCUGCUCGACGGCUCCUUUGAGGCAGCUCAAAAGAGCUCAUUUUGAUGUCAAGAGCAUCGUGAAGAACUUACCCCAGCAUUUGGCGUCUAUCAAAGCCAGACAAUUGGCAACGGAAGAUGAGCUCGUUGCUCAAUUGCACAAUUUACCAGCUCAGCAAGAAGACUUGAGACAGCUGUCAACUGAAAAAGUAGAAAUACAGACCCUUAGGAAAGCAACUGAACGGAAAAUCAAGCAAGACGCUUCUAGGGAUCAUGAGUUGCGAGAUCAGCUCAAGUCGUUGAAAACCGAAUUUCAGUCAACUUCCGAAAAACACCGGCAACUUCAAGAAGUCGUCUACGAAACCUGCUUGUCGCUGCCGAAUCUCGUGGAGGAUUCCGUGCCAGCAGAGGAGCCAGAAUUAGUUCAGUGGGUCAACCCAUUGUCCAUGUACAGGGCCGAACCAGCCAGAGAUCAUGUCCAGAUAUUGGUUCGUAAAGGACUUGUUGAUUUUAAAGCAGGUGCCGAUAUAACAGGCAGCUCUUGGUACUAUCUACUUGGCGAUGCCGCCCUGCUUGAGCAGGCUUUAAUCGCUUAUGCGACUGCGAGAGCCAGAAAGCAGGGCUUUUCCAUGUGUAUACCUCCGAGUAUUGCACGAUGCGAAAUUAUCGACGCAUGCGGAUUUAGGCCACGCGACAUGAAUAAUGAACAACAGAUAUAUCAUAUUGCCGACUCUCAACUGGGACUUACUGCUACUGCCGAGAUUCCGCUAGCAGGACUAGCGGCAAACCGAGUCUUGGACCUGUCAAGCGGCCCUCGCAAGGUUUGUGGAGUCAGUAGAAGCUACAGAGCUGAAGCUGGCGCGAGAGGCAAAGACACGAGGGGUCUUUACAGGGUGCAUGAAUUCACGAAAGUUGAGCUUUUCUGCUGGUGCACGCCUGAAGAGAGUACUCGAAUUUUAGAGGAGCUGCGUGAAUUUCAAACGACAAUUGUCUCAGAACUGGGGCUUCCUGCCAAGGUUCUUAAUAUGCCGGCCAAUGACCUCGGAGCACCCGCUUACAAGAAAUACGACGUCGAAGCUUGGAUGCCCGGCAGAGGAUCGUUUGGCGAAAUAACCAGCACAUCUAAUUGCUUGGAUUUUCAAAGCAGGCGCAUGCAUACUAAAUUCAAAACCUCCCCCCAAGAGAAACCGCGAUAUGCGCAUACACUCAACGGUACCGCUAUGGCGAUCCCCAGAGUCAUUUUGGCCAUUGUCGAGAAUUUCUACAAUCCCGGCACAGAUAAAAUCGCAAUUCCUCUGGUGCUUCAUCCAUACAUGGACAACAAGACAGAAAUUUAA